AAUGGUGGCGAGGUUGGGAGGCUAGGGCUAUUUCAGUCAGUACAGCUGUCUGGUUUUUAUGGUCUUUCUCUCUCUCUUUUCACCUUCACCACGCUUUCCUCUGCCGGUGACCUUAUUCAACAGACUCUCCUGAAGGUGCUUGCCACCAUUUAAAGCAAACCAAAGUAGACCCCCUAUGCAAUGGGCAGUAAAAAAAACAAAAAAACAACAUGGAUAUUGAUCCAAUUAGAAGUAGCUGUGAUGGCCUAUAUCAGUUCCCCUCUGACAUGCCUCAUGAUUGACAGCAGCCAAUGCAGCUCAUAUAUGGAGUUAAGUGGGAGGGCCUCUUUUCUUGCUGUUGGAAAGCGACUAUAACGGGCACGACCCAAAUUAGUGCAACUGCCAAAAAAAACAACAAUCAUUGGGAUAAUGAAGCACUUUAAUGAUAUGCGAUCGGCUUCCUGUCGGAGUAUUAAAUACAUCCGCCUGCUUCAGUGUCAUGUUUACAUUUCUCGCUCAUAUCGCAGGCCGUGUUGUCGCGUGCCAUCCAUCCCCUGGACUGGACCCAAAGCCCAUCUGCCAACUGUUUCCAAGUUUCACGGCUGUUCAUACACCCGAGUAGUCAUCUACACCCCUGAGGCAGGUGAUGAUGGCGGGUUAUGCCACUUAGGACGGUGGGCAAUAGGCCGCCUCAAAAAGCGGCCUAUUCGGCCAUAUUAGUACGCACACGUUGUGUUAAAUUCGCCUCAUUCCAAGACUCCUCAUGCCUAUUUUGGAUGGUCAGUAAGGCGAUACGGCCCUUGUCACCUCCUCGCUCCGCCCUUUUUUCUUUUACUUUUCCCUUAGCUCUGUUUUCCUGCCAAACCUGAUGCGGGGGCUAACUUUAGCCCCCCGCGGACCGGUAUAUAAUGCCCCAUGGGUGCCUUGCUUGCAUGUCAGUCACAUCGGUUUGGCGUAGGCUUCUCUUCUUGACCAACAACAUCCCAACAAACUUGAGAAAUGGCACCCAAGAAGGCCAAGAGGAGGCAGCAGCAGGGCGAGGGUGGAUCCUCCAAUGUGUUCUCCAUGUUUGAGCAGAGCCAGAUCCAGGAGUACAAAGAGGCUUUCACAAUCAUCGACCAGAACAGAGAUGGCAUCAUCAGCAAGGACGACCUGAGGGACGUGCUGGCCACCAUGGGUCAACUCAACGUGAAGAAUGAGGAGCUGGAGGCCAUGGUGAAGGAGGCCAGCGGCCCCAUCAACUUCACCGUCUUCCUCACCAUGUUCGGCGAGAAGCUGAAGGGUGCUGAUCCCGAGGACGUUAUCGUGAGCGCUUUCAAGGUCCUGGACCCCGAGGCCACGGGCUCCAUCAAGAAAGAAUUCCUUGAGGAGCUCCUGACCACACAGUGCGACAGGUUCACCGCUGAGGAGAUGACCAACUUGUGGGCCGCCUUCCCUCCCGAUGUAGCCGGCAAUGUGGACUACAAGAGCAUCUGCUACGUCAUCACACACGGGGAAGAAAAGGAAGAGUAAAAAAAGUUGCCUUUCUGCCGAGCUCCCGCCAUACCCGCCCCACACGCCGACCACCACCAACUCUCUCCGACGCACACACACGCGCCCACCCGGCCUGCUCCUUUCUUCUCGCCGGCUCAGAAAAGACUCCUUUUAUCGAGGACUGGAAGGCUGCGGUGGGUGUUUGUGUGUGGGAACCGACAGGAUGAUUAUUUUCUAAAUAAGAAAUAAUCUUGUGACAAUUGAAACAAACUCUCUCUCCAUCGCUGUCCCGUCACCUUUCCCCCUCCAUUUUGUGCAUGUGCGUUGAGGCCAGCAGUGCGUGCAUCAUACCUACGAAAUGUCUUUUUGAAUCUCGGGUGCUGUGAUGCAUGCAAAGUCACUUACUUGAAACAAGUAAGACGCCUGACCCACCCUGGUCUGAUAGCCUCAACCUUGCAUACGGCGCCUAAUGGAUCCGUCUUUUUUUCUUUGUAACGGAGAAGAGUGGGCACUAGAAUAGUCUGCCAACCCCUCUCCUUCACACAGUGAAAGCUGCGGGGAGUUCAUUUGCGGCUUGAAAGCUGCAUGUAGGACAGAGAUGGCGAAAGAUGAGGAGGGGGGGGGGCGGUGAAGGAUAACUUCCUGCUCGCCCUCUCGCUGCUGUUUCCCUCCUGUCGUUGUGACUGUCUAUAUCAUCACUGUAACAAAGAAAGAAGUACAAAUAAAAUCCACUAUCUUUCGUAUGCGACUGUCUUGUCUUUUGCC